AUGGCGAACCUCUACAACCUCGAACCGCAACCGACGGCGAAAGUAAUCCUCAACACAACCUCCGGCGACAUCGAACUCUCCCUCUUCGCAAAGCAGACUCCACUCGCCAGUCGCAACUUUCUGCAGCACUGUCUGGAUGGCUACUACACCAAUACCAUCUUCCACCGCUUGCUUCCAGGCUUUAUCGUCCAAGGAGGCGACCCUACAGGAACGGGUCAAGGCGGCGAAUCUGCCCUCGAAAAUGGCGGCACGUUCGAAGAUGAAUUCCACAGCAGGCUCAAGUACAACAGGCGAGGACUGCUGGGGAUGGCGAACGAAGGAGCGAACAGCAAUGGCAGCCAGUUCUUCUUCACAUUGGAUGCUACGCCAGAGUUGCAGGGGAAGAACACCAUGUUCGGGAGAGUGGAGGGAGACACGAUUUACAACUUGAUGAAGAUGAGUCAGGACGUGGAGAUGGCGAGUGAGGGAAGUGAGAGGCCGUUGUAUCCUACCAAAGUCACAGGUGCUGAGAUUUUGGUCAAUCCUUUCGAGGAUAUGGUUGCGGGAGUGAAAGUGGCACCUAGGUCAAAGGAAGAGAAGACACAGGUUAAGAAGAGGAAGAAGCCAAUGGGAAAGCAGGUGCUGAGCUUCGGCGGGGAUGAAGGAGAGGAGGAGAUGGCGCCUGUGGUGAAGAAGGUCAAGGCGAAUCCAAAGCUGGUAGCGGUCGAGCCUGAAGAGCCAGAAGAGAAGGUCGCAAAGAUACCGAAGAAAGAGAAGAAGCUUGCAAAGCCGAAGGAUGAGGUUAUCGUGCCAGAAGAGGACAUUGCAAUACCUCAAACGACCACAGCAGGAGCACCCGCCAAGAUCGAGGAAGCAGAAGACAGCGAAGAAGAGUCCGAAACAGAGGAGGACAGGCGGAAACGAAAGCUGGACCAUACAAAUGCCGAGAUCCAAGCGUUGAAAGCCAGCAUGAAGCGAACAGUUGACAUCAAACCCCAAAAAGAAGAGAAGCCGAAGUCAGCUCUCGAAGCGAUGAUCCCCACGACAAGUACGCGAGGUCGAAAACGAGGCAAAGCAACGGACGAGAAAGGCGCCUUCAACCUCUUCCAGACGUUCAAACAGCGGCUCGAUACAUUACCUACCGAAGCCGCACCAGAACCCGCGAACGACACCACCAAAACCCACCCCAAUCCAGAACCCAACCCAUCCAGCGACGCAGACGACGACGAAGAAGCAGCUCUAUGCGAUCUCCAUUUCAUCGCAAACUGUCAAUCAUGCAAGUCCUGGGACGACGAGAAGCCAGAUGGGGAAGCCGAGAAGGAUGGCGACGAUGAUCCCGGCUGGAUGGCUCAUACUCUCACAUUUGCUAAAGACACCCUUGGUAAGGACUUGGAGUGGAAAAGGAAAAUGGAAGAGAUUGGGGUCAUUGAUCCAAGGGAGAAGGCCAGGGCGAUUAAGGAGGAGAAGAGGAAGGGGAAGGAGAAAGCAAAAAGAUAA